AUGGAUCGUCGACGCGCUCCGACGCACGGACUAGCGCGUCUCGACCGCGCUGGUGAAUCGUACGUCGAUUACAUGGGCGGGUCACUGUACCCCGACUCGCUCGUCAGGGUGCACGCCGGAUUUCUGCAGCGCAACAUCCUCGGAAACACUCACUCCGUCAGCAACCCGUCCCGUUUGUCGGCGGCAUGUGCCGCCGAGGCACGUCAGGCUGUGCUCGACUUCUUUCACGCCCCUCCCGGCUACACCGUCGUCUUUACUGCCAACGCAAGCGGCGCUCUCAAGCUCGUCGGUGAAGCCUUCCCCUUCGGGCGCGGCAGCGCGUACGUCCUCUGUGCCGAUGCGCACAACAGCGUGCACGGCCUCCGCCGCUUCGCGUCUGCGCGCGGCGCGGACGUCUGCUACGUGCCCGCGACGGACGUCGGCGGAUGCGACGCCGCCGAAGCGGAGGUGAGCCUUCCCCAUCUCUGCCCUCCACGCGCCUCGUUCCUGGUCCAUCGAGACAAGGUUGCGUCGCCGCGCGUCGCCGGCACCUACCCGAACGCUGACUUUGCCGCCUCCCUCCUGCGCGCAGGCCAUCCUCCGCCACCACCGCCCCCCCUGGCCCGGACGCCCCACGCUCGCUCUUCGCGCUCACCGCGCAGUCGAACAUCUCAAACUCGAAGCUGCCCCUCUCGCUGCUCGCCACCGCGCGCGCGCGGGCUACGCCACGCUCCUCGACGCCGCGGCGCUCGCGCCGACCUCGCGCUUUCGCUGGCGGAGCACCCCGUCGACGCGCUCGCGGUGAGCUUCUACAAGAUGUUCGGCUUCCCGACCGGGGUCGGCGCGCUCGUCGCGCGCACGGACUUCCUCGAGCGCCUCGAGCGGCCGUGGUUCGCGGGCGGCACUGUGGACGUCGUGCAGGCCCCAGGGACGGUCGUGACGAUGGCGGCGGAGAUGCACGAGCGGUUCGAGGACGGAACAAUCAACUAUCUUGGCUUUGCCGCGGUGACCGAUGGCCUGCGUUUCCUCUCGGCCUACCUCCCCUUCCUCCCGAUUCGUCUCUCGUCUCUCACACACUACCUCAUCGACUCACUGGAGUCCAUCCGGCACGACGUCUCGGAAACGCCCGUCGUACGCGUGCUCUCACGCAAACCAGGCAAGGUCGUCAAAUCGGUCGGAGAGCAAGCUGACACGGGCUCCACGGUCGCCGUUCUCUUCCUCGCCCCUUCAGGCGAGAUGCUCCCGAACUCGUUCAUCGAGCACGCUGCGACCGCCUCCGGGCUCGCCCUCCGCACCGGGUGCAUGUGCAACCCCGGCGGCGCCGCGGCGCUCCUGGGCCUCCGCGACAUGAUGGCGUCCCUGCCCGAGAACGCGACGUACGCCGCGUUCGAGGCGCACAUGGGCCGCGAGCUCGGCGUCGUGCGCCUCAGCCUCGGGCUCGCGAGCGACUGGCGCGACGUCUGGCGCGUGCUCGAGUUCGCGCGCGCGGUGGCGCGCGAGGACCGGCGGGCGCACAUGUGGGCGGAGUGGAUCGCGGACGGGGGCGCGGUGUGUGGGGAAGCUGGAGAGGCCCACGGUUCUGCCCGGUGA